ACCACUGAGAAAUCCGAACGGUAUUUUGUCAAAACGGAAUCACCGUAUCGCGUUCAUCAAAACGUCACCAUUCUGAGCGGUCAAACGGUCAUUGUGGAACCUGGAGUGGUUAUGCAGUUUGCUGAUGACGCUGGAAUCUUCGUUUUUGGUUCAUUGUAUAUAAAAGGAACAAAACGCGAACCAGUAUCACUGUGCGCAUUGGAUAGCACAUGGAAAGGGCUUAUCUUCCAUUUGAACAACGGUGAACUUUUUUCAUUACCGCUAUUGCAGAUUCUUCAUCAUCACUGA